AUCAACAACAAUUACAACAUCUUGUUAGUUUGCAAUCUUUUACGCAUUAUAAUACUCUUUUGAGGUACAUAAGAAAAAAUAAAUGGCAUCAAGCACGACCCAUGUCGAGUUGAGCAGCCUACAGAAAGCGGAGUUGGAUGAGAUGAUCAAGGAAGCCGAGCCCAUAUUAGCUGAGUAUAAAGUUCAACAUGUGACCGAGGUUGGUGGCGCAGUAUUGCCUCUGAUCGUGUUAGAAGGCUACUUAAGGGCCGUAACACUAAGACCCUUGACCCUUUUUGAUUCCAAGCUAUGGGCUGGAAAAAUUGUCAAAGACUAUCCAAAUCCUCUUGAUGGUUCAAUUAGUACCUUUGCACAAAUUUCCGUAAAGGAUGAUGGGAUUAUGUCAGCGGUUGUUUAUACCGGCAAGAACAUUGCUGGCGUUGAAUGUGGAUGGCUUCUAGCUUGGGCCGACUCUAAGGCUAAUGGAAAGAGGCUUUACGCGGAGUGUGGUGUCAUAAGCAAAUUCAAUUGCAUCGACUGGGAACGUAUUGAAGAAAAACUGAUUAACUCAGGGCUAUUGGCAAUUAUUGUUAUUGACGGCGAAACUGGAACUUCGGUGUAUGCUAAACUGACUGGCGUGGACUUUCCGAUGCAGACUCAAGACCAGCUUGCUGCAAUCUUCAGUGGCUAAACAAGUUCCCUACAAUGAUCAUCAUAAUAUGCAGUUGAUCCGGACUGUGGAUCACUCUACUUGUUACUUUGUUACAUUCUAAUGUAUUUAUUCGUAUGAUUUUAUUCACUAAUGUGCUACUGUCUAGUUACGAGGGGCAUUUUUAUUGUUCUUAUCUCAUGUCCUUCUUGUAAGAAAAUGCAAGCGUCUGCCGUCUAUCUACAUUGUGUCAUUCCUUGGUUUCUAUAACCUUGCUAAAAUGCUAAAUAAAAAAGCCCCCUCUCUUUGUUUCUU